AGAAGACAAUGAUAGGUCCGUCACUGGUAACUGCGUCUCUAGCAAACACCGUCCAGUCGACGAGGUCACGCCAGGUUAGAAGCAACAGGUGCACGACGACGGUUUUGUUUACACAGUGAUCGUGUUAGCCAUACGUGCGUACGUGCGUGCGUGAGUGAGUACGUGUUCGUAAGUGAGUGGUGACAUCCCAGAGCUUUCCAUCAGGACGUCUCGACCGCAGCCUAUGGAAUGACGCGCAUCAAUUUUCGGCAAGGUCAAAACUCCUGCUUAUAAUCAACUCUGGAAAGACGAUAUACCCAUCGACGGAAGCACUUUGAGCUAAGGUCCCGUUCGACUUGUCGCGGCAUCAUGCAGGUCGAGUACACAGAGAGUGGUGAUAGUAAAGAUGAGGGAGACAACCCGGAAGAUUGCGACGUCUGUUCGUGUCCCUUCAACUCCGAACAACGAAGGCCUCGAUGUCUCCCCUGCUGCCACACCUUUUGCACACAAUGCAUUGCCAAGAUGAUCGUCUCGGGGCACGUCACGUGCCCCAAAUGCCGUGAAAGACAUUAUGCCACCAGUGCCAGCCAAUUUCCAGCGAAUUUCAGCCUGGAAUCCCUCAUGAGGAAACUGAAGGCGAGGCAGAUGUCGUCUACGGAAGCUAACGCGACAGUACCUAGAAAGACUGAACCAUCGAGUAGCAUGGAAGAACCUGAACACUCCGUCAGACAGCAAAUCGAACGCGUCCAGAACCUGUCCGCUGUUUACCGCGAAAUGGGCGACAGGCUGACAGAGCACAAAAGGCGCGCGAGCGCGCUCAUCAACGCUCACAAAGAGCAGGUGAAGCGAAUAGAAUCCGGGGAGCACGAGCAACGCCGUCAAGGGCUGCAAAAACUGUCCGAGGAGAACGCAGCCGUUUCACUCCGCCUCCAAGAAAAGGUGGAGUGUUUGUCAACGCUGAGCCGAGAAGGUAUUGAGAAAUGUCUCGGCUUGACGGCUUCCCUCCUCAGCCUGUCCUUGACGCCCACCCAGGAGGAAAAGAUGAACCAAGCCCUGGCCGAGUGCGACCGAUGCAUUUGCAUACAAGACGCCUGGCUGGAAAAAUGCAAGGUCACCCUUUCAGACGACCGCGCUGCCAGGGCGUCACAAGAGGUGUUGGCAAGGACCCGGGAUGCUCUGUCUGUGACGUCUUUGACAGGCGACAUCGAACGUUCGCGCCAUUCAUCAUCCAUUAAGGUGGAAGACCUUCUGGAGCUGGGGGAGGGAGUCCAAUCCCUUUUGAAAGAUGGUCGAGUGUUUGCUCUGCACCACAAGAUAGGAGAAGGAGGUGGAGGAAGACCUCGCUUCGCCAAAGUCAGUCUCCACGGGCAGAAGAAUCUUUGCCUCCACCACCUCCAAGAGAGAGAGGUGCCCCUGGAUUCUACAGUUCUUUCGUACAACGAAAUUCACAAGCUCGCGAACACCGAAGAAACGAUAGCAUUCCUGGAUUUCGGAUGGGACGGCACGGACCUCGGCCGCGUCCAGAUUCGCUUACACCCCGCAGACACGGGGCGGGCCAAGCAGUUCGCCCUCCUGUGCACGGCCCUCUGGGGCCCGACAUACGCCAACACCCGCCUGCUGGCCGUUGGUAACCGAGGGGCUCCUUCGGAGUUCGUCAGGGGAGGCGACUACCAGCACAACAAUGGCACAGGGGGCGCCUCGCUCCUUCCAGGCCUCAGACGCGGCGGCGAAUACUGGAGACAGCAGGUGUCGGGGUCGGUCAUGGCGGCCGGCAGCUGGGGGGACGCCUGCAGUGCCCAGUUCAUCAUUAGCACGAGGAAUCCCGCAUCGGCCCAGCGGGACGACACCAUCUUCGGGCAAGUGGCGGACGGCUUGCAGGUCCUCAAUGCAGCAAUCAAAGACGGCCGGAUCACCAGGGUGAAUGUGACUGACUGCGGUAUUAUGAUCCCGCUGUAAUGGCCACUUGCAUUCUGCUCGGCGGACUUAAUCCCGACAUCUAUACUACUUACAGAUCCUCCGACACCAGAGCGUCGAGGGUGAUGUUCCAUCUUCCCGGCGGGAGACGCAUUCGGUAGCCUCCGCUAAAUGACAUUUUCAUCGCGAAUUUGCAUACGUUAUCUCCGCCUUCAUCUGAUCUCUGUCAGUUGAGGAAAUUCAAUUUUGAGAGAAUUCGGGCGGAGGGUCCUAAUGGAGUUACCCCUUUCUCAGUGAGAGAGAGAGAGAGAGAGAGAGAGAGAGAGAGAGAGAGAGAGAGAGAUGAACUGUAUUCACUUGGAAGAACGAAAGUAUCGUCCAAAUAACUUUGUGAAUUUAAGUUAUGGGUAAAAUUUUUCGACUUAUCUGGGAGAGAGAGAGAGAGAGAGAGAGAGAGAGAGAGAGAGAGAGAGAGAGAGAGAGAGAGAAACUAUAUUCACUUGGAAGAACGAAAAUAUUGUCUAAUAACUUUGCGAAUUUAAAUUAUGGGUAAAAUUGGCUAAGAUGUCUGUG